AUGGAGGCUCAACUACAAGAAAUAGGAAAGAUUCAAUUUCAAGUGCUAAGGCUACUAAUAGAUGUUAAUCAUGGAAAAAUUAGUUCAGUUCUGUUAAGACCGGAACAACUUAGCUUGGAAAUUGCAAAAAUAAAAGCAUGGCUACCAGAGAAGAUGAAAUUACCUGGUGAUACAUCCAAUCAAAUUGCCACAAUUAUCCGUCUUCUAACAGGAGAAGCAAUAAUUGUGAACAGCAAGCUAGUUAUCAAAAUACAAAUUCCUCUGAUUACAAUAAAAUUUUCCAACAUUUUUAAGGUAGUUCCAGUUCCGGUUAAACAUGGCGAUACGAACGUAGUGGCGUCCAUAGCUCAACCUUACCUAGUCUACAGUCACGAGAGUGAUGUUUACCAUUUAAUGUCUGAAUUGGAGUGGCGUCAAUGUAAAACCAUAUCUGACCGACAAUAUCUAUGUGAAGAGACUUGGGCAUGGCAAGAUGCAAACGAUAACUCCUGCGAAGUAUCUCCUUUGAAACCACAUAAGACGAUUGUAUGCCAGUUUGUAGAGGCCAGUAACAAACAUAUGUGGGUAAAUCUAAAUAAUCGUCGGCAAUGGAUUUUUAGGGCAUCAUUAAACGCUACUUUACACGUAUUUUGUGACCAGAAGCAUCAAGACCUGUUUUCACUUCCACAGCAGGGUCUGUUGAUACUGCAAUCAGGGUGCUCUGGCCAAAUUGAAAAGACGCAAAUACCAGCAAGCAAUCAUAACAAUGUAUCAACUCAAGGGGAUUUUGGUAUACAAUUGAUAAAAGAUAUGCAAGAUACAUCAGCUGAUCUAUUGAAGCCAUUAAAUUCACACUUAAUCGAUCAUAAAGAAGACAUCAUUAAGAUUAAGCAACAGAUUCACCGCAUCCAAGCAGAAGAUUGGACCCUGAAAGGUUUACACUUCCAUCACGCAACUGGACAUAUAUCAUUAAGUAUUUUAUGUAUAUUUAUCAUGAUUAUCCUAGUUUACUUUAUAAGAAAAUGUUUGUUAAAGGGGAAGGCGAAUGUGAUUAUUAUUCGUCGACCACAAGAAACCUAG